AGCUCUCUGUAGCCUACACCUGACUCCUCGGCAGGCAGGACCAGUCCCGGCGCUGGGAUGGAAGCAGAUGAAGACGCCUUUCCUUUUGGACCAUUUCAGGCUGCUGGAGAAAAUGUGUUGAUAAGAAUUUCUUGAGAAUGGCUGUUUUUUAAGCCAACCAUCGUCUGAGCAGCUGUUUGGGCAUGGAAUCAGAGUCCUGCACCCGAGCCUUCUACCAGGCUAGAGUAUAUCUUGAGCAAAUUCGGAGCCGAGUCACACCAGGGAGUGCAGAGGUACACGGAACUGGGAAGCGUGACUACCUGGUGGAUGCAGCGAAGCAGAUUCGUUUGGCUUUGGAGCGGGAUGUCAGCGAGGACUAUGAAGAGGCAUUCAACCACUACAAGAAUGGCGUAGAUGUGCUGCUCAGUGGGGUUCAGGUGGACCCUAACAAGGAGCGCCGUGAGGCUGUGAAGCGCAAGAUCACCCAGUAUUUGAAACGUGCUGAGGAGAUAUUCAACUGCCACCUACAACGGACUUUGGGAAAUGGAAAUUCCACUGAUACGGGUUACAGCAGCCUUCGCUUCCGGCCAAUUAGGACACUCAGCACACCAGUGGAAAACCUGAGGCACUGUAAAGUUGUAGGAGUAAUUGACAAGGUACAGAUAGUGCAAGACCCAGCAACCGGGGAAACCUUUAUCCUGAAGAGCCUUCCCAAAUCCCAUGUGGAGACCCGUGGAAGACAGACCAUCAUUCCUCAUGGAAUCCCCUUCAUGGCUGAAUUGUUGCGCUACUAUGUGAGCGAGGACUCCAUCUUCCUUCACUUGGAACAUGUGAAAGGGGGUACUCUCUGGUCCCAUCUUCACUCACAACAUCAUUCCUCUGAUUGUUCCAGUACACUAAAUCUGAAGUCCAGCUUGGCUUUGGAGUAUUCCAGUGAAGAAGGGCUCAUAAGAAACCCCAAAGGAGCUGAUUCAAGGUCAAAGCAAAGUUGCAACAUCACUGAUCAGAUCUCAGCUUGUGUAAAUAACCACAUAUCUAGAUGUGCUGGACAAUCUUCACCUCAGGAACAGUCACAUGACCACACACUUGCCAGAUCAAGUAAUGAUUAUAGUUGGCAAAUCAGACCUGCCAUUGGAGGAAACACUGUUGGCGAGAAGGAUUUAAGUGUGACACACUGUUUAACUGGUGCUGCAGAAUCUGCUAUCAAGCCAAUGGGGCAGGGACAUAGCCUCUUGAUCAAGCAGGGGCUGGCUUUCCUGUCACAUGACUCAUUUCACAGCAGUGUACCUGAGAGACACAUUCCUCAGCAAGACCCAAAACAACAAACAGGUGAGAGAGCUUCUGUUCCUGUCUCAAAGGCAGCAAAAGGAAGCAACAAGCCUAGACUUAUACAUUCCGCAGCAACGCUUCCAAGGCAAAGACAGGCAUACCCUGGAGCCCUCUCACAGAAUUAUUGCAGCUUGAAGAACAAGUGGAGUGAAGCAAAAGUAAAAGAAGAUGGAAGCCUCGUCCAGGAAGAGUUGGUUCCCGACAAGAAAUGGAACAAAAAAACCCCAUCACCAGCACAAUAUGGGCCACAAGCACAUAGGGCUUCUGGAAAGAACGGCCUUGGAGCCUGGGGUAUAAAUGAGAAUCAGAUUCAGCUCUGGGCAGCAGAACUGCUUUUGGCUCUGGAGGGUCUCCAUCAACAAGGGGUGUUUUGUCAGGAUCUCAAUCCACGGAACUUACUUCUAGAUACCACUGGUCAUAUCCGCCUCACAUACUUUGGCCACUGGACUGAGGUGGAGCCACAGUGUUGCAGCCAAGCACUGGAAGAAUUGUACUGUGCUCCAGAGGUGGGUGGAAUUUCUGAGCUGACAGAAGCCUGUGACUGGUGGAGUUUUGGGGCACUGCUCUAUGAGUUGCUAAGUGGAAUGUCAUUGUCCCAGAAUCACCCUUCGGGAAUUUAUCCUCACACCCAGUUGUACCUUCCAGAAAGACUCAGCUGCUCCGCUUCAUCUCUACUAUCAGAGCUGCUGAAGUAUGAUCCUAAGCAACGUUUGGGCUCUGGAGAAGAUGGAGUGAAAAAGAUCAAGGCACACCCUUUUUUCAGCAAUAUCCAAUGGAACAAGCUGGUUGCAUACUAAAAGCUGAACAACGGGAGGGUGUGUGUGUAUAUAUAGUUACCAGAGUGCAGCAUGUGGCAGUUUAGUUAUGUCUGUGGCACAGGAUGAUCCAAACCCUUCCAGGAACUGCUGUGCAUCAGUAAAAAGUUGCCCAUGCUUUGUGACCAUUGGUGGUGCUAGCAGCAGUGCUGCUGUUCAAGAGGAAACCUACACAGCUGGCCUGGGGCCCAGGUUUCCAGGCCUGAGUUGCCCUUAUUCCGCUUCCUGACUAUACAGCAAUAGCAGCUGCAAGCAGUUAGGCUUUGGACCAGUAUUUAUGCCCCUACACUUAUUUUCAAAGAAUUCUAGGUUUAAUAAAUGUUCCAAGAUAUCAAAAAAGCACAGACGAGGCAAGACUAAUUUUGGGGAACUCUGUUUGGUGCUUCCUGACAGAUGCAAGCAGAGUCUCAAUAUUUUUUCCUCUGUUAAAUUUUCCCAAAUGAACAGGGGGGAAGGCUCCACCGCCCCGAGCUUCUCCUUCCUUCUCUUUUCCCUUGUUCAGAUCACCUAUCCAGCAAUUCUUUAUCUUCUACUCAGCAGCACCUGCCUGAUUACCUCUUCCACUUGUCUUUUAAAAUUUCACCGUGGAUCAAAUAGCUUUAAGUACAAGCUUGAUCCCUCCCAGCUUCCUGCCACAUUUUGGUCAAGUACCACUAAGAUGGAGGCCUUGUGUCAUAUUCCAUCAAAUCCACUGCUGGUUGCUUGCAUGUGCACUCUCUGCACCCAGUGCUGCAGAAACAUUCUGUAGUUUUUCUUCUGA